AUGUCGAAGAAAGACCAGAACAGCAGCGUGCAUAUCGCUGGAGCAGUGCUCGCCUCCCUACAAUUUGACAUGCUGAAUGAAGAACGCGAGAUUGAAGGCUUCUUGAUAGGACAAGUUGUCAAACGAACAAUUGACGAAAUCUCUGAUCAUGCCCGUGACGCCUCAUCACGCAUAGAAACAAGAAUAAUAGUCACUGGCCACAUUCCAUCAACUCGAAAAUGUUAUGAUAUGCUAGGUCAAGUGGAUUAUACUUUAUUGAAUAGCUUGAUGGCUGAUAAGAAGGAUUCUGUAUUGGGAUACUUUAAGUUUAGGAGGAAUACACGUAUGGACGUCUCGUUGAGAGAGGCAGCUGUAUAUGACUCGCUCCUAAAGAGGCCGGUAACGAAUGUAGAUCUAUCGUUACUAGAAUGUCAACUCUUGUGUAUUGUGACAGCUCAUCCUCCCGAAACAUCAACUCUGACAUUGGAUUUCUCCUUUUACAACAAGACGGCAACAUCGACGACAUUUCAGAGGCUACCUCUAGUCAUUGGAAAUCUGGUCGAGAGUACACAGGCGCAAUAUCAUGCUUUUGCGUCAACGAUGCCUGCACAGAGUCCACUGGAUGCAGCCAUGGCUUCAUUCUCUCUGAAUUAUGUACAGGAUUACAUCAAUAUCUACAAACAGUCGAUUGGGAUGCUGACAACAGCAGCUGAUGAACUACUCGAAAGUGAAGCAGAGCUGGCCCGACUUAGGGAAUUGGUUGCCAACCAGAUGCAACAAAACUAG